AUGGCUCACCUGCUCAUAGAAGGAGAUCGUGUUGGAGAUGUGUGUGACUCUAACCCAUGUGAAAAUGGUGGCAUCUGUCUGUCCAGAUUAAAUGAUGAUUUCUAUUCAUGCGAGUGUCCUCAAGGCUUCACAGACCCUAACUGUUCUAGAGCUGUGGAGGUUGCCUCAGAUGAAGAGGAACCAACUUCAGCAGGACCUUGCCUUCCUAAUCCAUGUCAUAAUGGUGGGAUAUGUGAAAUUAGUGAAGCAUAUCGAGGUGACACAUUCAUAGGAUACGUUUGCAAGUGUCCAGAGGGUUUUAAUGGGAUUCACUGCCAGCACAAUGUAAACGAAUGUGAAGCUGAGCCCUGCAAGAAUGGUGGAAUUUGUACAGACCUUGUUGCCAACUAUUCCUGUGAAUGUCCAGGUGAAUUUAUGGGAAGAAACUGCCAAUACAGAUGCUCUGGCCCUCUAGGAAUAGAAGGAGGAAUUGUGUCAAACCAACAAAUCACUGCGUCAUCCACUCAUCGAGCUCUUUUCGGACUCCAGAAAUGGUAUCCAUACUAUGCUCGACUUAAUAAGAAGGGUCUUGUAAAUGCUUGGACUGCUGCAGAAAAUGACAGAUGGCCAUGGAUUCAGAUAAACCUACAGAGGAAGAUGAGAGUCACUGGCGUUAUAACUCAAGGUGCCAAGAGGAUUGGAAGUCCAGAAUACAUAAAAUCUUACAAAAUUGCAUAUAGUAAUGAUGGGAAGUCAUGGACAAUGUACAAAGUAAAAGGCACAGAUGAAGAUAUGGUGUUCCGUGGAAAUAUAGACAACAACACUCCUUAUGCCAACUCCUUCACACCACCAAUAAAGUCACAGUACAUACGGCUAUAUCCUCAGGUUUGCAGAAGGCACUGUACUUUGAGAAUGGAACUUCUUGGCUGUGAAUUAUCAGGUUGUUCGGAACCCCUGGGGAUGAAAUCAGGACAGAUACAGGACUAUCAGAUUACUGCCUCCAGUGUUUUCCGAACUCUCAACAUGGACAUGUUCACUUGGGAACCUAGGAAAGCCCGUCUUGACAAGCAAGGCAAGGUUAAUGCCUGGACCUCUGGCCACAAUGACCAGUCACAGUGGUUGCAGGUUGACCUGCUUGUCCCUACGAAAGUCACUGGCAUAAUUACACAAGGAGCUAAAGAUUUCGGUCAUGUCCAGUUUGUGGGAUCCUACAAGCUGGCUUACAGUAAUGAUGGGGAGCACUGGAUCAUAUACCAGGAUGAAAAACAAAAGAAGGAUAAGGUCUUCCAGGGAAAUUUUGACAAUGAAACACACCGAAAGAAUGUCAUUGAUCCUCCAAUCUAUGCUCGGCACAUCAGGAUCCUCCCAUGGUCAUGGUAUGGCAGGAUCACCUUACGGUCAGAGCUGUUGGGCUGCACAGAGGAGGACUGACAUGGAUUUUCGUUAGGCAUCGCAACUUUCUCCCCAAAAGUCUCUCAAUAGAAGAAACUGUGCAAAACCUAUAGGAAGCUGAAUGGGUUUUUCAUGAACAAGUGCUAACUUUAUGGUAGGCCGCUAACUGUCUUUCACAAAGAGGUCUAAGCCUGCCCUUUAAAUGAUCCAAUCCAAUUUUGUCCUUUAAAUCUGUUACGGUGUUGUCCCUUUUGCUGUGGAAUUAUAUUUCUAGUUUCUUUUUAAGUUGUUCACACUGGUUGAAAUGUGUUAGGGAAAAACAGCAGCAUCCUUUUUACAAGAAAAGAGAAAUAGCAUGACAAAGCUCAUUUACAGCUUUAGAAACACUGGGCUCACAAAUUCUCCAUAAAUCAUACUGUCAUCUUACUUGCAAAAAGUGAUACUGCAGCUUUUAGCAAUAAGUUUUCUCUGGGAUGACUGCGUUAUAGUAAUUGUUUCCCUUGUGCCUAUCAGACACUGUCAGAAUGACAUAUAUUUAGGAAAAUAUUCUGUGGUACUAUAAAAAUACCAUACCUGUGAUAUUGCAAGCUACCUUUCAAUACAUAUGUCUAAACUGCAGAGUCCAUGCGACUGGG